CCUCAACUAAAACCCAAGUCUUAUCCAACCAUCUUCCCCCUUCAUAGCUCUCCAGCACUCUCAGAGCUCAGCUAUGGCGCACAUCUUAUCCUCCAAAUUCCUCCCCUUCAAUCCCACACUCCAUCCCUCUCCUCACUUUCUCUCUCCUCCGCCACUUAAACCACCUAAUUCCGUCAUUGUAUCGGCGGUAUCAACGACGGAGCGAAAGUCAAGGCGGCGGCGACAGCCCAAGGGGGACGACACCUCGGUGGCGGGGUCUUCGGCGGCAGAGAAGGGAUUAAGGCUGGUAUUCAUGGAGGAGCUGAUGAGUAAAGCUAGAAAUCGAGAUGCAAUUGGAGUAUCCGACGUCAUUUAUGAUAUGAUUGUUGCUGGUCUUACUCCUGGCCCUAGGUCUUACCAUGGUUUGGUUGUUGCUCAUGUUCUCAAUGCCGAUGAAGAAGGCGCUAUGAAAUCCUUGAGAAGAGAACUGAGUGUAGGGCUUGUUCCUCUCCACGAGACAUUUGUAGCAUUAGUUCGUUUGUUUGGGUCAAAAGGACGUGCUACCAGAGGCUUAGAAAUCCUUGCAGCAAUGGAGAAGUUGAAUUAUGACAUUCGCAAAGCUUGGUUGGUUCUUGUUGAGGAGUUGGUUAGAAGCAACCAUUUAGAAGAUGCAAACAAGGUGUUUCUGAAGGGUGCUAAGGGUGGAUUGAGGGCUACUGAUGAGAUUUAUGAUCUUAUGAUUGAGGAAGACUGUAAAUCUGGAGAUCACUCUAAUGCCUUAACUAUCGCUUAUGAAAUGGAGGCAGCUGGUCGGAUGGCUACGACUUUUCAUUUUAACUGUCUUUUGAGUGUUCAGGCAAAUUGUGGAAUACCUGAAGUAGCGUUUGCAACAUUUGAGAACAUGGAAUUCGGAGAAGAUUAUAUGAAACCUGAUACAGAGACAUAUAAUUGGGUGAUCCAAGCAUAUACAAGAGCUGAAUCCUAUGAUAGGGUUCAGGAUGUUGCUGAGCUACUUGGCUUGAUGGUUGAAGAUCAUAAAAGGCUACAGCCAAACAUGAGAACACAUGUGUUGUUGGUGGAAUGCUUCACCAAAUACUGUGUGAUACGCGAAGCUAUUCGACAUUUCCGUGCACUGAAAAAUUUCGAAGGGGGCACAAGACUUUUACAUAGCCAAGGGAACUUUGGCGAUCCACUUUCUCUGUAUCUCCGAGCCUUGUGUCGAGAAGGAAGAAUUGAAGAAUUGCUGGAUGCUUUGGAAACCAUGGCCAAGGAUAAUCAGCCAAUUCCACCUAGAGCUAUGAUUUUGAGUAGAAAAUAUAGGACAUUAAUCAGCUCAUGGAUUGAGCCUUUGCAAGAAGAGGCUGAGCUCGGAUAUGAGGUUGACUACAUGGCUAGGUAUAUUUCAGAGGGAGGGCUUACUGGUGAACGCAAACGCUGGGUUCCUCGAAGAGGAAAAACUCCCCUGGAUCCUGAUGUAGAAGGGUUCAUUUACUCAAAUCCAGUGGAAACCUCCUUCAAACAAAGAUGUCUUGAAGAAUGGAAGAUACGUCACAGGAAGCUUUUGAGACACUUGAGGAAUGAAGGACCCGCCGUUCUUGGAGCAAAUGCAUCAGAAUCUGAUUAUAUAAGAGUGGAGGAAAGAUUGAAGAAAAUAAUAAAAGGCCGUGAAAAAAAUAUUUUAAAGCCCAAAGCAGCUAGUAAGAUGGUAGUAUCUGAGUUAAAAGAAGAAUUGGAAGCCCAAGAUCUCCCUAUUGAUGGAACUAGGAAUGUGCUUUAUCAGCGAGUGCAAAAGGCUAGGAGAAUUAAUAUCUCACGUGGUCGUCCACUAUGGGUUCCUCCAGUUCUGGAGGAAGAGGAGGAGGUUGAUGAAGAGCUGGAUGAACUAAUUUCAAGGAUCAAACUGGAAGAAGGCAACACAGAAUUUUGGAAGCGUCGUUUUCUUGGGGAGCGAGUAAUCUAUGAUAAUAUGAAGCCUAUGGAUGGGCAAGAGUCAGAACCAGAAGAGACAAUGGAUGAUGCAGAUAUUGUGGAUGAUGGUACAAAAGAAGUGGAAGAGGAUGAAGCCGAUGACGAGGAGGAGGAAGCAGAAGUGGAAGUGGAGGUAGAACAAACUGAAGGUCAGGAAGACCUGGUAGACAGGGUGAAGGACAAGGAAGUUGAAGCUAAAAAACCUCUUCAAAUGAUUGGAGUCCAAUUGUUAAAAGAUGGUGAUCAGCCAACAACCUCAAAAAAAUCAAGGAGAAGAGCUAGAAGGGCUGCAGAGAAUGAUGAUGACGAUGACUGGUUCCCCCUAGAUUUAUAUGAGGCUUUUGAAGAAAUGAGGAAAAGGAAUAUUUUCGAUGUAGAAAAUAUGUACACUCUUGCUGAUGCCUGGGGCUGGACAUGGGAGAGAGAGUUGAAGAACAGACCUCCUCGGAGGUGGUCUCAAGAAUGGGAGGUUGAGUUGGCAAUCAAAAUCAUGUCGAAGGUAAUAGAAUUGGGUGGUAUACCAACUAUUGGGGACUGUGCCAUAAUCCUACGUGCUGCCAUUAAAGCUCCUCUACCUUCAGCUUUCUUGAUAAUCUUACAGACUACACACAGUCUUGGCUACAGAUUUGGAAGUCCUUUGUAUGAUGAGAUCAUCACUUUGUGCCUUGAUCUCGGAGAACUUGACGCAGCAGUAGCCAUUGUUGCUGAUCUGGAAACUAGUGGAAUCACAGUUCCUGAUGAGACACUUGACAAGGUGAUUGCAGCUAGACAAAUAUUUGACAGCCCUGCUGAUGAAGCUUCCUAACUAUUUUAGUUAGAAAUCCAUGUAAAUAUUUCCAAUGUUUUUCCCAUUCAUUAUGUAUUGCUGCUUACACUGAUCCAGAGCUGUAGGCAUUGUAAUCUAGCUAAGAAAUCAGAGCCAUUUUUCCGCAGUGAACCUUACUGUGGCGAAUGCAAGUUUUAAUGGAAAGAAAUUGGUUGCAAGUUUGCAUCAAUGUAUUUGAUUCUUUAUCAGGUGGUAAAUGGGUUGUUCAUCUUAGGUUUGGUUCUGAUCAAUUCAGUUUGGGUGAUUGUAAAGAACUGAUAAUUUUGAGUAUAAAAAUAAAAGCGGAAAAUAUAUAAUUUGCUUGAUA